AUGGAUUUUCUUAAGCCAGAAACAGUUUUAAACUUAGAUAACAUUAGGCGUGAACUAAUUCGAAUGGAGGAUACCAUUAUCUUCAACUUCAUCGAAAGAUCGUACUUUCCAACAUGUCCAGCCGUAUAUACAGCGAAACAUAAGGCUGUGCCCAUUCCGGGAUUUCAAGGUUCGUUUUUGGACUGGGCGCUUUUGCAUAUGGAGUUAGUGCACUCGCAAUUAAGAAGGUUUGAAUCCCCAGAUCAGACACCGUUCUUUCCGGGGGAGAUCCUCAAGCCCAUUCUACCGCCUAUAGACUACCCUCAAAUUUUGGGUGAUUAUGCAAAUGGUGUGAAUUACAAUGAGACAAUCAAGGCAAACUAUAUCGAGAAGAUAGUUCCUUUACUCUCGAAAACGGAUGGCGAUAGUUUUGAGAACUUGGGGUCUGUGGCGAUGUGUGACCUUGAUUGUUUGCAGGCUUUAAGCAGAAGGAUUCAUUUUGGUAAGUUCGUUGCUGAGGCGAAAUUUCGAGCUAACAAAGAGAAAUACACACAAUUGAUCAUAGAUAGAGACAUUAAAGGAAUUGUAGCUACUAUAACCAAUAAUGCAGUGGAGCAGGCUAUCUUGAACAGGUUGAAACUAAAAGCAGAAGUUUAUGGUGUUGAUCCGUCUGAUAAGAAUGGUGAUAAAAAAGUGACACCAGAGUAUUUGGUGCGGAUUUAUAAGGAAUUCGUUAUCCCGUUGACAAAGGAAGUAGAAGUUGACUAUUUAUUGCGAAGACUUGGCUGA